AUGACAAUUGUAAAGGCAGGAAAUUUCAGCUCCUUGUCAGGGGCAACUACAUACGUUAAGGAUCAAGAAAUACUUGUCCAAACAGAAAACAUAGAAAACUCCAAAAACCGAAGAAACAGUAGGUACAAAGGGAGAAGAAAAAGUGUACCAAACGGACACGAAUACAAGACUACACACAAAAAACAAUACAGUUCAAUACAACACCUCGAUCGACGGAACGAACGUGAAAGUGUAAUACAGGAAAAUUGCAAAAAUAACUCUAAAAGAAGAGGGAAAUGCAGAAGCAAAUACAAUAGUGCUAACGCAAAAGAAAGACGUGACACGAGGACUUAUCGUGAUUACAGAAACAAAAAACAAUACGGACCACAGGAGUCGAAGAUGUACCAUGACAAAACGUACAGAAAAACAAAAGAAAAUAGACGUCAUGAGACGAAGAUGUACCGUGAUAAAAAUCACAGAAAUACAGAAGGAAAUAGAUGUGAUACAAGGACGUAUCGAGAUCAAACUUACAUUAUUACAAGCGAAAACAAGAAGAAAAAUUACAAGAAUACAAAUAAAUACGAAAGAGAAAAUUAUACGAGAAGGUAUCAGUAUGUAAUCUAUACAAAUACGAAGAAACAUGAAACAUAUGAAAGGACUUAUCAUAAUAAGAAUAGGAAACAGAGAAACAGGGGAGCACAGCAAGCCCAACAAGGAAGAAGAAACAAACAAUGGACUCAGGUGACUUACAACCACCGUGAGCGAAGCAGAAGAAAGAAACAAUGGACUCAGGUGACUUACAACCACCGCACAGUGGUGAAUUUCGCCGAAAACCUGGCCAAAAUGCAAAAAUUUAAGUUUAUAUAUUCCCGGAAAUUUUAUAUGAACCUUGUUUAG